CAUUUUAGCUCCUGGUUCCGGCCGCACGGUGUAGGCUGUUGUAGCGGGAGGGGUGGGGGUCCUCCAGAGUUAAGUAGCUGCCCUCGACUGUACCAAUACAGCCGCCAGCUUCUUUUUCUUCUUCCUUCAAAUCCGCGCGCUUGCAGAGUCCGAAGAUGUCCAAGCGGCACCGGUUGGACCUGGGGGAGGAUUACCCCUCCGGCAAGAAGCGUGCGGGAACCGAUGGGAAGGAUCGAGAUCGUGACCGGGAUCGUGAAGAUCGGUCUAAAGAUCGAGACCGAGAACGUGAUAGAGGAGAUAGAGAGCGGGAGAGGGAAAAAGAAAAGGAGAAGGAAUUGCGAGCUUCGACUAAUGCUAUGCUUAUCAGUGCUGGAUUACCACCUUUAAAAGCUUCCCAUUCAGCUCACUCAACCCACUCUGCUCAUUCAACACAUUCGACACAUUCUGCUCAUUCAACACACACCGGACAUGCAGGACACACAUCACUUCCACAGUGCAUUAAUCCAUUUACCAACUUACCCCAUACUCCUCGAUACUAUGAUAUUUUAAAGAAACGGCUUCAGCUCCCUGUUUGGGAAUACAAGGAUAGGUUUACAGAUAUUCUGGUUAGACAUCAGUCCUUUGUACUGGUUGGUGAGACUGGGUCUGGUAAAACAACACAGAUUCCACAGUGGUGUGUGGAGUACAUGCGAUCAUUACCAGGACCCAAGAGAGGAGUUGCCUGUACCCAACCCAGGAGAGUGGCUGCAAUGAGUGUGGCUCAGAGAGUUGCUGAUGAAAUGGAUGUGAUGUUGGGCCAGGAAGUUGGUUACUCCAUUCGAUUUGAAGACUGCAGUAGUGCAAAAACCAUUCUUAAGUAUAUGACUGAUGGGAUGUUACUUCGUGAAGCUAUGAAUGAUCCCCUCCUGGAGCGUUAUGGUGUAAUAAUUCUUGAUGAGGCUCAUGAAAGGACAUUGGCUACAGAUAUUCUCAUGGGUGUUCUGAAGGAAGUUGUAAGACAGAGAUCAGAUUUAAAGGUUAUAGUUAUGAGUGCUACCCUGGACGCAGGGAAAUUCCAGAUUUACUUUGAUAACUGUCCUCUCUUAACUAUUCCUGGGCGUACACAUCCUGUUGAAAUCUUUUAUACUCCUGAACCAGAGAGAGAUUAUCUUGAAGCAGCCAUUCGAACAGUGAUCCAAAUUCAUAUGUGUGAAGAGGAGGAGGGAGAUCUUUUACUUUUCUUAACUGGUCAAGAGGAAAUUGAUGAAGCCUGUAAGAGAAUAAAGCGUGAGGUUGAUGAUUUGGGCCCUGAAGUUGGUGACAUUAAAAUCAUUCCGUUAUACUCUACGCUUCCACCUCAGCAGCAACAACGCAUUUUUGAGCCUCCGCCUCCAAAAAAGCAGAAUGGAGCGAUUGGAAGAAAGGUAGUUGUGUCAACUAACAUCGCAGAAACAUCUUUGACAAUAGAUGGUGUGGUAUUUGUGAUCGAUCCUGGAUUUGCAAAACAGAAGGUGUACAAUCCUCGUAUCAGAGUUGAGUCCCUUUUGGUGACAGCCAUUAGUAAAGCUUCAGCUCAACAGAGGGCUGGUCGAGCUGGGCGUACCAGACCUGGGAAAUGCUUCAGACUUUAUACCGAGAAAGCUUACAAAACAGAAAUGCAGGAUAACACCUAUCCUGAGAUUUUGCGUUCUAAUUUAGGAUCAGUAGUGUUACAGUUGAAGAAGCUUGGUAUUGAUGAUUUGGUGCAUUUUGACUUUAUGGAUCCACCAGCUCCUGAAACUCUGAUGAGAGCCCUAGAACUUUUGAAUUACCUGGCUGCUUUAAAUGAUGAUGGAGAUCUGACCGAAUUGGGAUCCAUGAUGGCAGAGUUUCCUCUAGACCCACAGCUCGCUAAAAUGGUUAUUGCAAGUUGUGACUACAACUGUUCUAAUGAGGUCCUAUCUAUUACUGCUAUGUUGUCAGUCCCACAGUGUUUUGUUCGCCCCACGGAGGCCAAGAAAGCCGCAGAUGAAGCCAAGAUGAGAUUUGCCCACAUAGAUGGAGAUCAUCUGACACUGCUGAACGUCUACCACGCUUUUAAACAAAAUCAUGAAUCGGUUCAGUGGUGUUAUGACAACUUCAUUAACUACAGGUCCCUGAUGUCAGCAGAUAAUGUACGCCAGCAGCUGUCGAGAAUUAUGGACAGAUUUAAUUUGCCUCGUCGAAGUACUGACUUUACAAGCAGGGACUAUUAUAUCAAUAUACGAAAAGCUUUGGUUACUGGGUAUUUUAUGCAGGUGGCACAUUUAGAACGAACAGGGCAUUACUUAACUGUGAAGGAUAACCAGGUGGUUCAGUUGCAUCCCUCUACUGUUCUUGACCACAAGCCUGAAUGGGUGCUUUACAAUGAGUUUGUUCUUACAACAAAGAAUUACAUCCGGACGUGUACGGAUAUCAAGCCAGAAUGGUUGGUGAAAAUUGCCCCUCAAUAUUAUGACAUGAGCAAUUUCCCACAGUGUGAAGCAAAGAGACAGUUGGACCGCAUCAUUGCCAAACUUCAAUCCAAGGAAUAUUCACAGUACUGAAUUCAGUGCUUAGAACUGAAGUUAUUCAGAGGACAGCUUUAAAAGAUGAAUGAACUCAAAAGUUCAAGUUGUGCUCUUCACGUUGGUUCAAUAAUGGCCUUUAUUUGAAAGCUUUUUAAUUUUUCUUUACAGUAAAUAUUCCAUUCUGAUUUCAUAAAUUAAACAUUUAUGCCUCCCUUUUGUGUUGACACUGUAGCUCAUACUGGAAAAGUCGAUCAAUGUUUUGCAGUUUAUUGAAAGUAGUUCUAUAUAUAACAAUGUUAUAAGCAUUUCUUUAGAAAUGGUUGAAAAUGCUUCUAAAAUGUGAUUAUCGACCAUGGUAUGCAUGAUCGUUGUAAUUGUUGACAUUCCUUUUAGAAGUUGUGAAAUGUUACAACUUGUGCUUAUGUAGACACAAUCUUCUGUCUCAGUACAGAGGCACUGACUUCAAUAAAGUCUAUUUAUACUAAUUUCA